UUCGAGUUUCUGAGCAAAGGAAGAGAGCUUUUGUUUUGUGUGGGGACACCCAAUCCAAAACCCAACAAAGCUUCGAACUUUACAGAGAGAAAAAGAAAACAAACCAACACCAGGCGGCCUGCUGCUGUGGCGAGAAACUCGAAAUUCAAGAAACACAGAAUCAGGGAAAUUGUUCUUCUUUCCUUCGUCUUUCAAAGUGGCUUGCUUUCAGAUAUAGAGUGGGGAAAGAGGGAGAGAGAGAGGUCUGUGUACAGUUUAGGAGUCGUUGGUAUUUAUUCAUUUGAAAUUCUUUAGAGACAGAAAGAGAGAGGGAAGGAAGGAAGGAGGGUUGUGAGGUUGCUUUCGGUUUCGGCUGGGAAUUUGAAAGCUCUGCGUUGUUUCGCUUGUUGGGGGUUGCUUUUGGACCAUUGGAGGAACUGGGUGUUCUCCAUUGGAUGAGCGUUGGAGGAUUGUGUUAAGCAGGAUCUGUUGCUUUGGUGUCAUCGAAUGGCUGCACCAGACAACAUAAUCGUUGGUUCUCAUGUGUGGAUUGAAGAUCCCAAGUUGGCGUGGAUUGAUGGUGAAGUUACAAGGAUAAGUGGCAAAGAUGUCCAUGUACGGACUACAAAUGGGAAAAAUGUUGUCACGAAUAUGUCGCAAGUAUUUCCCAAGGACACUGAAGCCCCACCUGGUGGUGUAGAUGACAUGACCAAGCUUUCCUAUUUGCAUGAACCUGGAGUUCUGCAAAAUCUGGCAACCAGAUACGAGCUUAAUGAAAUCUAUACAUACACCGGCAAUAUCCUAAUAGCUGUCAAUCCAUUUCAAAGGUUGCCCCAUCUGUAUGAUACUCACAUGAUGGAACAGUAUAAAGGCGCUGCGUUUGGAGAGCUAAGUCCUCAUGUCUUUGCAGUUGCAGAUGCUGCGUACAGGGCAAUGGUUAAUGAAGGGAAAAGCAAUUCAAUCCUAGUUAGUGGUGAAAGUGGUGCCGGAAAAACCGAGACUACAAAGAUGCUCAUGAGAUAUCUUGCCUUCUUGGGAGGGCGAUCUGGAGUAGAAGGAAGGACUGUUGAGCAACAAGUUCUGGAGUCAAAUCCAGUUCUUGAAGCAUUUGGUAACGCCAAAACUGUUCGCAACAACAACUCUAGCCGUUUCGGGAAAUUUGUUGAGAUCCAAUUUGAUAAGAGCGGUAGAAUAUCUGGCGCUGCUAUCAGAACUUAUCUGCUCGAAAGAUCUCGUGUGUGCCAAAUUUCUGAUCCAGAAAGAAACUAUCAUUGCUUUUAUCUUCUUUGUGCGGCACCGGCUGAGGAUAAAGAGAAAUACAAAUUGGGGAGCCCAAAAUCUUUCCAUUAUCUAAAUCAAUCAAAGUGUUAUGAGUUGGAUGGGGUAAAUGAUGCUCAUGAAUAUCUUGAAACUAGAAGGGCUAUGGAUAUAGUUGGGAUUGGUGAAGAAGAACAGGAAGCAAUUUUUAGGGUUGUAGCUGCAAUUCUUCAUCUUGGAAACAUUGAAUUUGCUAAGGGAGCAGAGAUUGAUUCGUCAAAGAUUAAAGAUGAUAAAUCCAGAUUUCAUCUUGAUACGACUGCAGAGCUCCUCAGGUGUGAUCCAACGAACUUAGAAGAUGCCCUUAUUAAACGUGUGAUGGUUACACCUGAAGAAAUUAUCACAAGAACACUUGACCCUGAGAAUGCUGUCAGUAGCAGGGAUGCUUUGGCCAAGACUUUAUACUCUCGUCUGUUCGAUUGGAUUGUAGAAAAGAUAAACGUUUCAAUUGGACAGGACCCAGAUUCUAAAUCAAUAAUUGGAGUUCUGGAUAUCUAUGGUUUUGAAAGCUUUAAGUGCAACAGUUUUGAGCAAUUCUGCAUCAAUUUCACCAAUGAAAAAUUACAGCAGCAUUUCAAUCAGCAUGUGUUCAAAAUGGAACAAGAAGAGUAUACCAAAGAGGAGAUAGACUGGAGUUACAUAGAAUUUGUUGAUAACCAGGAUGUUUUGGAUCUGAUUGAGAAGAAACCAGGAGGAAUAAUUUCUCUUCUAGAUGAAGCUUGCAUGUUUCCCAAAUCGACGCAUGAAACUUUUGCUCAGAAGCUGUACCAGACAUUCAAGAACAACAAACGUUUUAUCAAACCGAAGCUAUCACGUACGGAUUUCACUAUCUUACACUAUGCUGGGGAGGUUAAUUAUCAAGCCAAUCAAUUUUUGGAUAAAAAUAAGGAUUAUGUGAUAGCUGAACAUCAAGCUGUGAUGACUGCUUCAAAAUGCCCCUUUGUCAUGGGAUUGUUCACACCACUUAAAGAAGAAUCAUCUAAGUCAUCAAAAUUCUCCUCUAUUGGUGCUCGGUUUAAGCUACAACUUCAAUCUUUGAUGGAGACUUUGAGUGUGACGGAACCUCACUACAUUAGAUGCGUCAAGCCGAAUAAUGUUCUGAAGCCUGCUAUUUUUGAGAACGUUAAUAUCAUUCAGCAGUUACGUUGUGGGGGAGUUCUUGAGGCAAUUAGGAUUAGCUGUGCUGGGUAUCCUACAAGGCGAGCCUUCUAUGAGUUUCUCAAUCGUUUUGGUCUUCUAGCUCCUGAAAUUUUAGAUGAAAAUUACGAUGAUAAGGUUGCAUGCCAAAUGAUUCUGGACAGAAAAGGGCUUAAAGGGUACCAGAUAGGCAAGACAAAGGUAUUCUUGAGAGCAGGUCAGAUGGCUGAGUUGGAUGCCAGGAGAGCAGAAGUACUUGGAAAUGCAGCUAGAAUCAUUCAGCGGCAAAUCCGCACUCACAUUGCUCGCAAGGAGUUCAUUUCAUUAAGAAAGGCAGCUAUGGAACUUCAGUCUUAUAUACGAGGUAAUAAGGCCCGUGGAAUGUUCGAGCAGUUGAGGAGGGAGGCAUCUGCUGUGAAGAUUCAGAAAAACUUCCGCCUCUUUGUUGCUAGAAAAUUCUACAUAAGGAAAAGAUCAUCUGCUAUAACAUUACAGACAGGCUUAAGGGCGAUGGCUGCACGUAAUGGUUUCAGGUUCAGAAAGCAAACUAAAGCUGCCAUCACAAUCCAGUCUCACUGGCGGUGCUACCAAGCUCGUUCCUACUACAGGCGUCUUCAGAAGGCUACAAUUGUUACACAAUGUGGGUGGAGAUGCAGAGUUGCUAGAAGAGAGCUCAGAAAUCUGAAAAUGGCUGCUAGAGAGACAGGAGCUCUUAAGGAAGCAAAGGAUAAGUUGGAAAAGCGUGUUGAGGAACUCACAUGGCGCCUGCAAUUGGAAAAACGACUAAGGACCGAUCUCGAGGAGGCUAAGUCCCAAGAAGUUGCCAAGCUUCACAAUGCAUUAAAUGCUAUGCAAUCACGAGUAGAAGAGGCCAACGCUUUGGUUGUUAAGGAACGGGAGGCAGCUCGGAAAGCUAUUCAAGAAGCACCUCCAGUUAUUAAGGAAACUCCUGUUGUAGUUGAAGACACAGAGAAAAUUCGCUCUUUUACUGCUAGAGUUGGAAAGUUGGAGGACACUUGGAACUGCAGUAAAAUUUGUCCAGGUUCACUAGCUGAAAGGAAAAACCUCGUGCUGACAGAAUUUAAUUUCAUUAGGCUUUACUGCUCUCUCAAAGACAAGCAGCAGAAGAGGCAAAACAAGCUUGUGCUGUUGCUGAGUCUCAGAAGGAGCAGCUUUGUAAGAAGCUUGAAAACUCGGAAAAGAAGGUGGAUCAACUUCAAGAUUCUGUUCAGAGACUUGAAGAAAAGGUAUCCAACUUAGAAUCAGAGAAUCAAGUUCUCCGUCAACAGGCACUUGCUAUAUCACCAACUGCAAAAGCCUUGGCCCUUAGACCAAAGACAACCAUUAUUCAGAGAACCCCAGAGAAUGGAAGUAUUCCUCACUCAGAAACAAGGCGAACACCAGUAAGAGACACAAUGCUGGCGUUGCCUAGUACAAGGGAGUCUGAAAACGAGGACAAACCCCAGAGAUCUCUUAACGAAAAGCAGCAGGAUAUACAAGACAUGCUACUCAAAUGUGUAGCUCAAGACCUUGGAUUCUCUGGGGGGAAACCUGUUGCUGCUUCCCUGAUAUACAAAUGCCUGCUUCAGUGGAGGUCAUUCGAGGUUGAAAGGACUAGUAUUUUUGAUCGUAUUAUUCAGGCAAUUGGUUCAGCAAUUGAGGCCCAGGAUAACAAUGACGUGUUGUCGUAUUGGUUAUCCAAUUCAACAACCCUCUUGUUGCUGCUUCAACGGACACUAAAAGCAACCGGUGCUGCUAGCUUAACUCCACAGCGCCGAAGAUCAACAUCCUCUUCUCUUUUUGGGAGGGUAUCCCAGGGGUUCCGUGGUUCUCCCCAAAGUGCUGGUUUCUCAUUCCUCAAUGGCAGGGUGCUCGGUGAUCUGGAGGAGUUGCGUCAAGUUGAAGCUAAGUAUCCUGCUUUACUUUUCAAGCAGCAGUUGACGGCAUUCCUGGAAAAGAUAUAUGGAAUGAUAAGGGACAAUUUGAAGAAAGAGAUCUCGCCCUUGAUCGGCUUGUGCAUCCAGGCACCACGUACAUCACGAGCUGGUUUAGCCAAGGGACGGGCUCAGGCGAAUGCUAUGGCUCAACAAGCUCUUAUUGCUCAUUGGCAAAGCAUAGUGAGAUCCCUGGACAGUUGCUUGAAAACAAUGAGAGCCAACUAUGUACCUGCAUUCCUAGUCCGAAAGGUCUUCACGCAGAUAUUCUCGUUCAUCAACGUUCAGUUAUUUAACAGCCUUCUUCUGCGUCGAGAAUGCUGCUCAUUCAGUAACGGGGAGUAUGUAAAGACAGGGUUGGCUGAACUGGAGCAGUGGUGCCAUGAUGCAACUGAGGAGUUUGUAGGCCCGGCAUGGGAGGAACUGAAACACAUAAGACAAGCUGUCGGAUUCCUGGUCAUACAUCAGAAGCCAAAGAAGGCGUUGAAAGAAAUUACAACCGAUCUUUGCCCUGUCCUCAGCAUACAGCAACUAUACAGAAUCAGCACCAUGUACUGGGAUGACAAAUACGGGACACAUAGUGUUUCAUCGGAGGUCAUCUCAAACAUGAGAGUCAUGAUGACAGAGGACACGAAUAACGCGGUCAGCAGCUCGUUCUUGUUGGAUGACGAUUCGAGUAUACCAUUCACAGUAGACGACAUUUCCAAGUCAAUGCAGCAAGUCGAAGUUGCUGAGAUCGAACCACCACCUCUGAUCCGUGAAAACUCGGGCUUCUCCUUCCUGCAACGCACGGACUGAUCAUUUGCCCUCUGCAGCCCUGUGAAUAUCUUGUUCUAUGGAAGCUCCAAUUUGUGUAAGUAUUAGCAUUGCGCUUAGUUUGGAACAGUAGGGAAGACAGUUCUUAUAUAGGGCAAGAAAACUGAAAAAACCACAGAAAUCAAAAGAAGGGGGGAGGGAGAAUAGGCAACGGUCGAAGCCCUUUCUCAUUGCUACUUUGAUUUUUUUUUUUUUUUUUUAGUUGGGAAACAAUGAUGUGUAGUGUAAAAUUAGCUGCCAUUGGUGCUUUUUAAUCUCUUGAUUGGCAGCUAUGUAACUUGUUGUAAUGUUCGCACUUGUGUCCAAACGACCGACAAUGUCAUUGUUAGUUAAUCAAGUGGUAUAUUUGGAUUGGCUCU